AUGAAUAAAGAACUUAAGUAUCUAUCGGGCUUUGGCAAUGAAUUUUCAAGCGAAGACCCUCGUUGUCCAGGUGCGUUGCCAGUAGGUCAAAAUAAUCCACAGAAGUGUCCUUAUGGUCUUUAUGCUGAGCAAUUGUCCGGUACCGCAUUUACUGCACCACGGGAUGAUAAUAAAAGAACAUGGUUUUACCGUAUAAAGCCAUCAGUAUGUCAUGGGCCUUAUGAUCGCAUCAAAACAACUAAACUUACACAUGAGUGGAAUAUACCUGAACCCAAUCCGCUACGGUGGAACGUCUUUGACUUACCAACACGUCAGGAUCCACCAAUUGAUUUUAUUGAAGGUCUUCAUACGAUUUGUGGCGCUGGAGACUCCAGUGUUCGUAAUGGAAUAGCUAUUCACGUUUAUUUGUGCAAUGCUUCUAUGAAGAAUUCAGCUGUUUAUAAUGCCGAUGGAGACUUUUUGAUUGUACCUCAAUUGGGAAGCUUAAUAAUAACAACAGAGUUUGGAAAAAUAAAUUUUGAGCCUAAUGAAAUUUGUGUUAUCCAACAAGGGAUGAAAUUUUCUGUUAGUGUUUUGGGACCAUCACGUGGAUAUAUUUUAGAAGUCUUCGAUAACCAUUUUCAGUUGCCUAAUCUAGGGCCAAUCGGAGCGAAUGGUCUCGCAGCACCAAGAGAUUUUUUGACACCUGUUGCAUACUAUGAAGAUCGUGAAGAAGAAUUUAAAGUCUAUUGUAAAUACCAAGGCGAAUUGUUUGUAUCAAAACAAAAUCAUAGUCCAUUUGAUGUUAUCGCUUGGCACGGAAAUUACGUUCCUUAUAAAUAUGAUUUGAAUAAAUUCAUGGUCAUUAAUUCAGUAUCUUUCGACCAUUGCGAUCCGUCGAUCUUCACACUUUUGACAUGUCCGUCAUUGAAGCCAGGAACAGCGAUAGCGGAUUUUGUAAUUUUUCCGCCGAGAUGGUCUGUACAAGAGAAUACUUUUCGCCCGCCGUAUUACCACAGAAACUGCAUGAGCGAGUUCAUGGGAUUAAUUAAAGGACGCUAUGAAGCUAAAGAAGACGGUUUCCAGGCUGGAGGUGCUUCUUUGCACACUAUAAUGACUCCUCAUGGGCCUGAUGUUAAAUGUUUUGAAGGUGCUUGUAAAGCGGAAUUGAAGCCUGAGAAAAUUGCAGAAGGUACCAUGGCAUUCAUGUUUGAAACUUCGUUAUGCAUGAACUUGACUUCUUGGGCCGCUCAAAGUAAUAAACUUGAUCCUAAUUACUAUAAAUGUUGGGAAGGUUUGAAAAAAAGUUUUAAUGGUAAUCUUAAAGCUUGA